AUGGCAGCUCUAUUCCUGUGUGAAGCACUGGUCAGGUUAAAUUUUGACCACAGUACGGGUCAGCAGGUCACACCAGGUCAGUCUAUGCAAGUCAUUCCGGCAAUCAACGACGAACAAUUUCCUUGCAAAACCUUCGAGAACAAUUCAGGAAUGGAGAAAACCUUGAAAAAGCAGUACCUUCCCGGAGCCUUUGGCUGGGCGCAGUACGGAAUCAUCAACAUACCGUAUAUCUAUCGCAGGUCGGAAAAGUACGUAUCCUUACGUAUGUUAUUUGCGGAACCGAUGCUCUUCAGAUGCCAAAACUACAUGCAUCCGGAUGUCUUCGCCUUUUGCAACCAUAUGGCCAGACUACCUAUCACCUAUUCCGAGAUGCGUCUCCUGAACGAAAUCAAUCGCGACCACUGCGAUGGUCAAUUUAGCACCAGCAACUUCACCCUACGUGAUACCAUCAUCCGUAUAAGUGACGCCUAUGAGUUCUACCUGUUCAUGGGCUUUUGCUGCAACAAAUUGACCACCGGAAGCAAGUUUCCCUCGGAGCGGUGCAGUUUUAUACGCGCUGCCGAUAACUUCGUGGUGCCCUACAUUGUGCGAAAUAACCAGAAGAUUAUGCCGAUCUUCUUCUUCACGCGUGACUCUGGAGCCCCACAGUCCAACGAGGAGCCGAUCACUGGAUGGGAUCUGUCUUACAUGAAGUUUUGCUGCCGUCUACUGGGCAUACGCGAGGAGUACUGCUCCGGCAAUCGUUUAACUGCCAUUUCUUUCGAUGAGGUCGAUGACGCUUUUCCCAGCGGAGAGGAUUAUGAGGAGUGCUGGCCAAAGAAUUUUAGAACCGCCGAGUUGUUGUUUGACCGUCCAAACGUAUUUCUCAAUUAUUAA